AUGGACAGCUUCAUUUGGUUGGUUCUUUCAUGGACAAUUGUUGGAACGCUUUGUUAUUUGUUUAUAAAUAAGCUCGAUUCAAACAGGCAGCCAGGAACAGCAGAAAGAGAACUGAAAUCGAAUGGAACUACGUCUUCGACAAAUUUAUACUCAUCAACCAUUCCGACAAUUACUAGAUCACAGACAAACGACUGGCCGAAUAUAAUAUUGGCUUGGCUUUAUAAGAAUUUUCAAAAAGUGCCAGAUUCACUCGAUGCUUGGAUUAAGUCACUCAAUGAAGCAGCCAAAAAAAUUUCUUCACCAGCAACGUGUGAUAUAUUUUUCGAAGGAUUCGGCGACAAAUUCAACUCGUCCAAUCCACCUAAAAUUAGUAACAUUGUAAUCGAACAAGGCCCUAAAGAUCAUUUGACAUUGAAAAGCACGAUUGAUAUCUCAGAAAUCAAUUUGAAAGUUUUAAGCUCCAAGAGACUCGAUGAUCAUUUGAUUGUUAGCAAAUAUGAUGCGAAGAUCACUGAUUUACAUGGAGAAAUUGAAGCAAGGAUUGCUUGUAUAGCAAAUCAGAUAUACAUGAUGGGAUGCUUUAAAGGGCGGCCUGAACUCGAUAUACAAUUAAGCAACACUGAAAGGAAUUCCAGUGAACAAGUCAAUUGUGGCUUAGUUGAAGACGCUAUAAGGAAAUGUCUUGUAACAGCAGUAACAAAUAUCUCAUUGACAAAUCCAUCCUCUCUGCCGUCAUCAGUAAUUCCAACAAAAUUUACUUCUACACAAUUAAUCGGUUCAGAUGUUUUUUCACCACUGUCACCAUCAACUUUGAAACCAGCACUCGGUCAAACAAAAGACAUAUUUAUUCCUCCCACUCCAGAAACAAUAAAACAAAUUCACCACACAGAGAUUAAGCCAGCAAUAAUUGAAUCAAACAAGCUCAGAAUCACUAUAAUUCGAGCUCAUCUUGGAAAAAAUCGAGACAUAUCGCAACCCUAUGUUGUUGUCGAAAUGGAUGAACCCACUCAAAAAUAUACAUCUAACAGAGGGUCGAGUAAAUGCCCAUGUUGGGAGGAAUCCUUCGAUUUUACUUUGUCUCCAGCUUCGGAAGAGAUUUUAUUUGAAAUCUAUGAAGGCGAACAUUCAGUGCUUGAUAACGAUCAACGCUUUCUUGGCCUUGCUAUUGUUGACUUUGAAGAAAUAUUAAAAUCCUCGGAGAGAGUUCACAAUCUUAGGCUGGAAGGUAGACCCUAUAGAAACGACAACGUUUCGGGAACACUUACUGUAGAGUUCGACUUUCUUUACGACACAAAUCUCGCAUCACGUGGAAAGCAAAUUCACCAAAACGUUGUGGAAAAUGUGAAUGAAUUUGUGAGAAGCGAAAUAAAUGAGGAUAAAAGACCCGCUGUAUACGAUCCGAGAGACAGUUUUGGAAGGCACGAUGACAUAAAGAGACCUGAACUAAAUAAAAGCAAUGUGACCGCCGUGAAAACUGAUUUGAAUUUCAAUCAGAAUGCUUCUUUCCAAGUUUCAAGUCUUUUGCAAAGUCGACGCGAAAAUGAAAUGUCACCUGAUCGCGAUAUGCCACAGAGUAACAUUAAUGUUCGCGUUAUAGAAUCAAUCGCUCAUCGUAAUCAACCAACCAUGUUUAAUGAAGAAAAUGAUAUGAACUAUAUGAGAACCAAUGCUGAAAAUAAUCUUCGUUCUGAAGAUGUCUUGCCACAAACAAGAAAUUCUCCUCUCCAACAAAUUUCGGCAACAAGUGAAGCUUAUACUCACAAUUCAAGAGAUCGCAAUAAAAAAAACUUAACCUCUUCAGUCAAACGCGAUCGUUCAUUUUUUAGCGAAUUACGAGAUCGGUUAAGUGGUAAGUAUAUACGACGAGCGAAGAGCUCUGAUAUUGGCCAUGAAUUUGACGAAGCUGUUUCUUUACCAAGCUCUCGGGAGCCAUCUCGAACUCGUCAGCCAGAUAAAAAAAAAGCCAAAAGCGAAACAAGAUCAGUCGGAGCGAAAUCCAAAGAGUCGUCGAGAAGUUUAUAUCAAAACAGUACUCUGGUACUUGAAAUGGAAAAAAAUAAUAAAAAAAGACAUUAUUUGAUACCUCCAUCAGUUCUCAUCGAUCCAGCUGCAUCAAAAAUUUUCCAGAAAGGCCGAAAAUUACAUAUUUAUAAUGAACAUACUUUCGUUGCUGCUAAAGUUAAGGACGGAAUAGACUGUGGUAUUUGUCAUCGAAAAAUUUCGAAAAGUUUCACGAAACAAGCCUAUGAAUGUCGAGAUUGCCGUUUAAUCUGCCAUAAACAUUGCCAUUAUAAAAUUGAUGGUUAUUGUACUCAUAGUACACUUAAAAAUAUUAAUAUAAUUAAAAACAUUGAUUGGAAUGAAUUUCUUCGUAAUUAUCAACUUGAAGAAUUUAUUUCAAUGGAUGGAGUAUAA